AACGAUUAUACCUUCAAAAAGCACCCUAAAGAGGCCCCCCAGCGCCUCCUGCAGGCCGUCACUGUCGGCCGGCACACAGCCAAGCCAAGUAUCCGACAGGCAGCCGGACCGCUCUCGCAGUGAAGAGUGAUAUCGAUCACCUAUCCAAAUCCAAAAUAUUCGAUUGAGUUCCGAAUCGCAUAAACCUAAACAGUACAUGUAGAGUCUAGUGAAAAUGGGAGAUGCUAUUAUUUCAGUAGUGGUGGAGAGAGUCGCAACUAUAUUAAAUCAGAUUCGGUGUGAAGUCAAUUUGAUCAGAGGCGUUGAGAAGGAGCUUUCCGAUCUUUCCGACAAGCUUAAGACAAUCACAGACGUGUUAGAUGAUGCAGCAAAGAGAGGAGUGAACGAUCAUAGCAUCAAAAGUUGGUUGAAGAAACUCGAAAACACGGCUUAUGAGAUGGACGACAUUUUGGAUGAAUGGAACUACUCUCUUCUCAAAUAUAAGAUGGGAGCUUCUGAUGAGCCUGAGCCUCAACCUGAGCAAAAGACAGGAUGCUCCUUCAUCCCAUCUCCAUCUUUAUAUUUUAAGAAACUUUCUGAUCGUCAUAGCACUGCCAAUAAAAUUGAUAAUGUGAAAGCCAAGCUUGCUCAAAUUUUAAAGGAGAUGGAUAACUUCAAAUUUGUGAUGAUGCAUAAUGGUGGUCUAGCCAACUCUGAGCCUGCAACUAAUCCCGAGUCCAAACCCUGGCGAGAACAAUCCACACAUGUGAUUGACUUGACGAAAGUUUAUGGGUUGGACAUACACAGCAAAGAGAAUGACAUAGUGAGCAAACUGAUGCGAACCGAUGGUGAUACCCAAAUUCUAUCUAUAGUUGGGACCGGGGGAAUUGGGAAAACAACUCUGGCAAAAGUUGUUUAUAAUGAUACUCGAGUGCAGGGUUGUCAUGCGUUAAGAAUAUGGAUUUCUGUUUCUAAUCACUUUGAUAUGGCUGGGAUUGCCAAAGGAAUUUUAGACAGUGUGGGAACCCCGAUUCCUCCAAAUACGAACCAGUUGGCGCUGAUAUUACAAAAACUACAAGAAUCCGUAUCGGGACAAAAGUUUCUUCUUGUCCUUGAUGAUGUUUGGACAGAAGACGAAAGCAAAUGGAACGACCUAAAAAUUAGUCUCCAAUGUGCAACAGGUAGUACAAUUCUCGUGACAACAAGAAAUGAAAUGGUAGCUAAGAUGAUGGGUACAUUGAACGAAAAUAUGUAUCGCCCAAAUAUUCUCAGUAAAAACGAAUGUUGGUCAUUAUUGUGUGACACAUCUCUUCCAAAAAAGAGUGAGGAGGAACGUAAAGAAUUUGUGGAGACUGGGGAGAAAAUAGCUAUCAAGUGCAAGGGAUUGCCUCUUGCUGCAGUUGUUUUGGGAAGACUUUUGCAGUUCAAAGAUCUGGAAGGGUGGGAACAUGUAGAGAAGAGUGAAAUAUGGCAAUUGGAAAAUGCGCAAGUAGAUAUUUUUUCGCAUUUGGUUUUAAGCUACAACGAUUUGUCCCCAACUCUUAAGCGUUGUUUUUCAUAUUGUGCUGUCUAUCCUAAAGGUCACCGAAUUCAUGUUGAGAGUUUGAUAGAAGAAUGGAUGGCACUAGGUUAUCUGGGUCCUGUUAGUGCCAACAGUGGAGUGGAAUUGAAAGGUCGAGAGUACUUGAACAGUUUAGCGAUGCGUUCUUUGUUUCAAGACAUUGAGGAAAGUAAGUCAGGCGAGCAGAUAGAAUGGUGUAAAAUGCAUGAUAUUAUACAUGAUUUUGCUCUAUUUAUUAGGAAGAAUGAUGAUGGGGCAAGUACUAGUAGUUGUCAAGUUUGUGAUUCUUUACUGGUGUCCCAUGUCCACGAAUAUCGGUGUCUAUCUUGGGACCACAAACUUCCUGUUAAUGAGAGCGAGAGAAGCUUUCAUUUUUGUGAUUGUUUGAAAAGUCUUAGGGUGUUAAGAUUUAAGAGAGGACCUCUUCCAGUGGGAAUGAAAAUGCUGAUUCACUUGAGAUGUUUGGAUUUUAGUGAUAUUGCAUUGUCAAAGGAUGACCUCAAAAUCAUAUGCAGACUUUAUUUCUUGCAGACGCUUCUCUUGUCAUUGUGCAGCAUAACAGAGGUUCCACAUGAAAUUGGGAAUUUGGUGCAUUUAAGACGACUUGCCUUGAGUUACAAUUACAAAUUAAAGGAGUUACCAGAGAGCAUACGUAAUUUGGUUGAAUUACGAUCUCUUUCGAUAGCAUACUGCUUGCUAAAAAAGAUUCCCGGAGGAAUUGGGAAUUUAGUUCAAUUAAGACAACUUGACUUGAGUUACAAUAUCGAAUUGCAGGAGUUACCAAUGAGCAUAUAUAAUUUGGUUGAGUUACGAUCUCUUUCCUUAUCACACUGCUUUCUAACAUAUAUUCCAGGACAAAUUGGGAAUUUGGUUCAAUUAAGACAACUUGACUUGAGUUGGAAUAAAGAAUUGAAGUAUUUACCAGAAAGCAUUGGUUAUUUGGUUCAGCUGCAAAUGUUGAAUAUUGAACGCACUGAUAUCUAUUGUUUGCCUCAAGCGAUAUGUCGGUUAAGAUAUCUUCGUACACUGGAACUGUGUGUAAUCAAAGUGGGACGUCAAGUGGGACGUCAAUACAACGAGUUGUUAUUUCUGCAUUACUUAUACGGUCUUCCUAUUGAAUCUCUAGAACUGGAGAUCCACUUGAGUAGUAAGAGAGAAAUGGAGGAAUUGGUUAUGGAUGCUAGACAUGCAGAAUUACUGAAAUACCUUCAAGAACUCAAAAGACUCAGCAUAUCUUUCAAGGGUCGGAUGAAUGAAAAUGAUCGGAUAGAAUCAUCAUCAAUGUGGAUGGAGCUACUAAAAGCUCUGAAGCCCCAUCGCGAAUUGAAGGCACUGAAAAUCGAUGGAUAUAGAGGCGCCAGGCUUCUGUCUUGGAUGUCAUCGCCCUUCAACCUUAUAGAAGAGAUUGACCUUACUUAUUUGAGUGAGGUGUCAUCAUUGCCGGCUAUGGGGAAACUACCUUGCUUGGAAAUUCUCAGUAUCGAAUGUGCGGAGCAAUUGAAGUUGGUUGAAAGGGAGUUUUUAGGAAUAGGAUCUUCAUCUGCCUCACGUAUUGUUGCUGCAUUUCCUAAACUCAGGAAACUGAAAUUUUCAAAGUGCAACAGAUUGGAGCACUGGGAGGACAUAACGGUGGAAGAAGAAGAAUCUGCGGCCAUCUCCCUCAUGCCAUGUCUCACAGAGUUGGCUAUCACACAUUGUGAGAGUUUGAAGAAGCUGCCACAUCACCUCUUGCGUAAGACCUCCUUGUCUUUGCGGUUGUUGAUUAUUUAUGGCUCACCAGAGCUAGUAAAAACAUACGGAGAGGACAAGGAAGGUUCAACUUGGAGAUCCAUAUCCCAACAUAAUCCCCAACUUGUACUUCGUAAGUAGUUGUUCUAAUGCAAAUUUAUGUUUUUUCUUGCUUCCAAGUUUGUUUUGCUUUUGCUGAGAUUGUAUUGAUGUUGUGACAUGUAAUUUUUUUUUCUUUAACUACAAAUUUUUAUUAGACGGAUACUCUUUUUCCUUCGUGGUGUUUUUCCCACUGGGUUUUUUCGCCAUGAAGGUUUUAAUGAGGUCCGGCCUUGAGUGAACAUUCUGUGUUCUCCAAGGUUUAGGUUUUGUUUUUUUAUUGCAUAUUCAUUUUGCUUCUC